UACGGUUUCCAAGGCGACGCGUAAACAGUAGGGAGACGUCGCGACGAGCGACGCACGUCUGUUUUUUCAUUACGAUUUUUUGUUUUCAAUUUUCGUGAUAUAACUGUGUUUUAAUUAAGAAUGGCUGAAGAAGGAGCAGCUACGGGUGGUGCUGUGGCGGAAAAAGUGGUACACACGUAUCCUUUAAUAAGGCAUACAGACAUGUCUGAAGAGAUGCGGAUUGAAGCUGUUGAAUUAUCAGUAACAGCUUGCGAAAAGUUUUCCCAAAACAAUGAAAUGGCCGCUCGUAUGGUUAAAGAGUCCAUGGAUAAAAAAUUUGGUCCAGCUUUCCACGUGGUUGUCGGCGAGAGUUACGGUUUCGAAAUAACUUAUGAGUGCACAACAAUAUGUUACAUGUAUUUCGGCGGUAACCAAGCCAUUUGUAUUUGGAAGUGUUCGUGAGUGACAUUCUUUCUUUUGUAGAAAUAUUUUCAAAGAUUCGUCACGUUUGCCGACUCGGGUCUAACCGGUUUCUUGUGCUGAAACUAAUAUGAAUAUAAUGUAUCAAUUAUUGAAGCGUUUUAAAGUGUAUUAAAAUUUUCUGUGCUUUAAAAGAAAGACCUCACCGUUCUCAUGAAGGGAAACAUUAUUAUAGUCUAUUUCAAUAGCAUAUGAAAAGGAAUCUAAAAGAUCGAUAUCACCUAUAAGAUUAUAAUUGCAU